GUAAACAACCAUGCGAUGUCAUCAUGUAACAAGCAAUGUGAUUGGCUGGCGAUAUGGCCUCAUAUGCAUCAGGCGCUCGUGUCAAUUGAGGUGAAUACCGCUAAUAUAUAUUCUUUAAAAACAAACUACAACAGACUUGCGAAGAGAUCGGUUCUGGUGAAUGUCUCAAUUUUAAUAGAUAUGCCAGCAAGGAUUUUGGACGACCCCAUCCCACCUGCGGAUUUCCCGAUGGAAUUAAUAGACGAGUUGGAGUUGGAUCCGCCCGUGGUGGAGAGGCGGACCUGUGAUCUGGUCAUCAGCGGAGUAUCAUGUCGACUCCCGGAAUCCGAGAACAUGGCAGAGUUUGAACAGCAUCUGAUGAAUGGAGAAGACAUGGUGACAGAGGACGACCGGAGGUGGCAGCCUGGUCUAUUUGGUUUACCAAAAAGAAGUGGAAAAUUGAAGACGCUUAAUAAAUUCGACGCUACUUUUUUCGGCGUCCACCCGAAGCAGGCAAACAACAUGGACCCUCAGUUACGUAUGCUGCUAGAAGUGACUUACGAGGCAAUUGUUGAUUCUGGUACCAAUCCCUCCAGUGUUCGGGGUUCUAAGACGGGCGUGUUUAUAGGGGCCAGUGCGUCCGAGGCUCACGACGCGUGGGCUAUGGACCCCCAGAAGACGGUGGGGUACAGCAUGACUGGAUGCACCCGCUCCAUGUUUGCCAAUAGACUGUCCUAUUUCUUUGAUUUCAAAGGUCCUAGUUUUGCCCUGGACACAGCCUGUUCCUCCAGCCUGUUGGCGCUAGACCAGGCUGUGAACAGCAUCAGACAGGGCCAUUGUAAUGCUGCAAUUGUGGGAGGGUGUAGUCUCUGUCUAAAGCCACUAACCGCCUUACAGUUUUUGAAACUUGGGAUGUUAUCACCAGAUGGGUCCUGUAAAUCAUUUGAUGCCAGUGGAAAUGGGUACUGUAGAAGUGAGGGAAUAGUAGUGGUAUACUUGCAAAUGAAGCCUGAAGCAAAAAGGAUAUACAGCACAGUAGUCCACACAAAGACCAACUCAGAUGGUAACAAAGAACAAGGGAUCACCUUCCCAUCAGGACAGAUCCAGAAGAGACUGCUUUAUGAUGUGUAUGAGGAGGCUGGGGUGGCUCCCAGUAAAGUGGUGUAUGUGGAGGCUCAUGGAACAGGAACUAAGGCUGGAGACCCUCAGGAAGUCAACACUAUUGUCGAUGUGUUCUGCAAGGACAGAAACGGCCCUCUGCCCAUUGGAUCAGUCAAGUCUAACAUGGGACAUUCUGAACCUGCUUCUGGUCUAGCAGCUGUUGCUAAGGUGGUUGUAGGAAUGGAGAGAGGUACCAUGCCAGCCAACUUGCACUACAAGGAGCCAAAUCCAGACAUACCUGGUCUAACUGAUGGAAGACUACAAGUGGUCACAGAAAACAUUCCACUGAGGGAAGGCUUUGUUGGAGUCAACUCUUUUGGUUUUGGAGGCUCAAACGUACAUGCCAUCCUGAAAUCCUCUGAUGUCACAAGGGAGAAUAAUCAUAAAGCUUCAAAUGCAAAGAGGCUGUUUGUCUAUUCUAGCAGAACAUCUGAUGGUGUUGAAAAAAUCUUGAAUAUGGCACAAAACAAUAAAGAGAACAUGGAUAUGCAUGCUUUGCUGAAUGAAAGUGCAAAUAUGGAUGUCUCCUCUGAGAUGUAUAGGGGGUUCACCAUUCUCAAUGGAUCUGAUGAUAGCAAGAAUAUUCAGGCUUACAAUGGAGAGAAACGACCAACAUGGUUUGUUUUCUCUGGAAUGGGGACCCAGUGGCAUGGCAUGGGGAGAGACAUGAUGAUGUUUGAUGUUUUCAGAGACUCCAUCAUGAAAUCUGAUGCAGUUUUGUCUACUUAUGGUGUCAGUCUCUAUGAUCUGAUAAUGACAGCUGAAGAAUCGGUUUUUGAAAAUACUGUCAAUUCCUUCAUUUGCAUUGCUGCUAUUCAGGUUGGACUUGUGGACACCUUGAGAUUGAUGGGGAUCACACCAGAUGGCAUUGUUGGACAUUCUGUUGGAGAGCUGGGAUGUGGCUAUGCUGAUGGAUCCCUAACAGCCGAGGAGACAGUGCUUGCUGCUUACUGGAGAGGGAGGUGUAUCAGGGAGUCUAAUCUUCCACCAGGAGGAAUGGCUGCUGUGGGUUUAACAUGGGAAGAAGCUUGUGCUCAGUGUCCUCCAGGAGUAGUCCCUGCUUGUCAUAAUUCAGAGGACACAGUCACUAUCUCAGGACCAAAAGAAGCUGUGGCUACAUUUGUGAAACAGUUGAAGGAGAAGAAGGUUUUUGCUAAAGAGGUUAACAGUUCUGGAGUUGCUUUCCAUUCCUACUACAUGGCUAAAAUUGCUCCUGUGUUGAAAACAGCUCUGGAUAAGGUUAUAAAACCCAAACCUAGAAGUAAAAAGUGGAUUAGUUCCUCUAUCCCAGAAAAGGGUUGGGACAGUAAUAUGGCCCAGUACUCCUCUGCAGAGUACCAUGUAAACAACCUUGUUAGCCCUGUCUUGUUCCAAGAAGCUUUGAAACAUGUUCCAGACAACGCAAACGUGAUUGAAAUUGCUCCUCACUGCCUGCUUCAGGCCAUUCUGAAGAGAUCUCUGAAACCAACAUGUUGCAAUGUUGGUCUAAUGAAGAGAGGUCAUGCAGAUAAUGUUGAACAUUUCUUCCAAGCACUUGGAAAAUGUUACAACUUUGGUGUGAAGAUGGACCCUCUCAAACUGUACCCUGCAGUUGACUUCCCUGUCCCAAGAGGAACCCCCAUGAUUUCUCCUAUGAUCCAGUCCCAGUGGGAUCACUCGGCAGACUGGGAUGUCCCAUCAGCAGAGGACAUGAUGGUUGGAGCAGGUGGAGAUUCUGGUUUUGUAACAGAGUUUGUGAUUGGACCUGACUCCCCUGACAAUUACCUGACAGGGCAUUGUAUUGAUGGCAGAGUCUUGUUUCCAGCCACAGGUUAUUUAGUUCUUGCCUGGCAAGCUUUGGCUAAAGUUAAAAAUCAAAACUGGGAGGAAAUGCCUGUCAAGUUCAGUGAUGUCAUGAUACAUAGGGCUACCAUCUUGCCUCCAGAAGGAAAGGUAAAGUUCCAAGUAGUAAUUAUGCAGACAACAGGAGAUUUUGAAAUAAGUGAGAGUGGAUCAAUGUCAGUCAGUGGGAAGAUUAAGGAGACUGAGUCCUCAGAGACAGAUUUAUUACCUUACAAAGAUACACCAACAAUGGAGCUGAGCAGUGCUGAUGUUUACAAGGAGCUCCGACUGAGAGGAUAUGACUAUGGAUCUGAAUUCAGAGGAAUCUCUGCUGCUGACAUCAAUGGGAAAUAUGGAGAAUUGAUUUGGAACAACAACUGGAUUUCCUUUUUGGAUACCAUGCUACAAAUGUCAAUUUUACGUCUGUCUGGUAAUGGACUGCGUCUUCCAACCAGAAUAAAGUCCAUCACAGUUAAUCCUUUGUUUCAUGGAAAGAAUGCAUACACCAAUGACCAGGAACAAUCUGUGUUGUUUGCGGAUGUGGAUGAAUACACAGAUAGAUGUCGAUCAGGUGGAGUCACAAUUCAUGGACUCCAUGCAUCUACAGCUCCACGCCGACAGCAGCAACACAAACCCCCCACCUUGGAAAAAUAUGAAUUUGUCCCCUACAUAUCUGAUAACUAUGUCAACCAAUCUCCAUCUCUCAAGAGCUAUGCAGCCUUGUGUAGGCAUUAUGCUUUGCAAAGUUUAAAGAACCUUCAGCAGAGUACUACCAGUGUAAUAAACCAGGUGACACUGCAGAAUAUCCUCACAGAGCUUUCCGAGGAAUGUCAGCUGUUGGUCGAGGAUGUCUUCCCACAUGAGGCAAGCAGCUCAUUACUGGAACUCCUCAAGAAGAAGAUAAACUCAAACGAUAUUCAUAAAGACAGAUUGUUGAAGAAUCUUUCACAGCCAGAAGUUUUAAAGCCAGCCCUGGAUAUUGUGAUAGAAAACAGUACAGGUUCGAAUCUCAAUGUGUUAGAGGUUGAAGCAGAAAACAGCUGUUUCUACAGAGAUGUUUGUCCACAGAUGUUGUCACACCCAUUGAUGAACAUCUGCUACAGGGUCACUGGGAAAGCAGAUGACAUCUCUCCUGAUGAAACUGAUCUAUACAAUCUAUCAUCAGAAAAAUGGAACAUCUCAGAUUUACCACCCAACAUAAAACCGUCCAAUCUGAUCAUAUUGAAAAAUGUGCUUCACAAACAAUCCAAUCUCAAACAAACAUUGCAAAAUGUUACACAGGCUCUUGAUCAAGAUGGCUUCCUCUUGAUACAAGAAGUGACUGAGAAUUUCCCAAUUAUGCUUGCAGUGCAUUAUUUGCAAAAUCAUCUUCCCAAAAUAGAUGACUCUGAUACAAGAUCUCUUUACUGCUUCUGCACUGAGGAAAAAUGGAUACAACUUUUCAAAGAAAUCAGACUGAGUCUCAUUUACAAAAGAUCUGAUGGAAUAAUGUCAUCUCUGUUUUUACUGCGUAAAAUUAAACCAAUAGUUCCCAUUACAGUUAUUGAUGUAAGCUGUUAUAACUGUACAUGGUUUGAGGAUAUGAAAUCUCAAAUGCUGAAAAUAGCAGAUGGAAAAUCAAGCAAAAUGUUAUGGUUAUCUGCAAACUCGGGAAACCCUAAUGGAGUUGUGGGUAUGGUGAACUGUUUGAGAAGAGAGGAGGGUGGUUCAAAUAUCAGAUGCAUCCUUAAUGAUACAUAUGAGGAAGGAGGUCUAAAAUUAUCAGAGGAAUACUUUUCAGUUCUUCAAGAGAAAAAUUUGGUCAUGAACAUUUAUAAAAAUGGCACUUGGGGUUCUUUUAGACAUAUUCCUAUAGAAGAAGAUAAAAUGAUAGUGCAGAAAUCAAGCAGACAUGCCUAUGUUAAUGUAUUGACCAGAGGAGAUUUGUCAAGUUUGCACUGGAUGGAAUCUCCUCUUAAAUUCUCUCCCACUAAAUCCUUGAGUUCUGUAAGCUAUGCUGCACUCAACUUCCGAGAUGUAAUGUUAGCAACUGGGAGACUGCCGCCUGAUGCAAUUCCAGGAGAUCUAGCUCAGCAAGAUUGCAUUCUGGGAAUGGAGUUCUCUGGAUGUGAUAGUGACGGAAGGAAGAUAAUGGGAUUGGUUCCAGCAAAAGGGCUUGCAACUCACAUCGAUGUCUCUCCAAAGUUCCUGUGGUCAGUUCCUGAAAACUGGACACUGGAGCAAGCCGCCACUGUUCCUGUGGUCUACACCACUGUAUACUAUGCCCUGGUUAUCAGAGGGAGGAUCAAAACAGGAGAUAAGGUCCUCAUUCACUCAGGCAGUGGUGGGGUUGGUCAAGCAGCUAUUUCUGUUGCCCUCCAUCAUGGCUGCGAAAUCUUUACCACAGUUGGUUCCAAGGAAAAAAGAGAAUUUUUGAAAUCAAAAUUUCCCCAGCUACAAAAUGACCACUUCUUUAACUCCAGAGACGUGUCGUUUGAGAAGGAGAUUUUAACUGUAACUAAAGGAAAAGGAGUUGAUGUUGUUUUGAACUCCCUUUCCGAAGAAAAGCUGCAGGCUAGCUUACAGGUGUUGGCACAACAUGGACGAUUUUUGGAAAUAGGAAAAUAUGAUCUUUCAAACAACACUGGCUUAGGCAUGUCCAUCUUCCUGAAAAACAUAAGUUUCCAUGGUAUUCUUUUGGAUGCACUGUUUGAUGAAGACAAUGCAGAUUGGCAGGAAGUGUCUCACCUACUAGAAACAGGGAUACAUUCUGGUGCAGUACAACCCCUCAAUAGUUCUGUGUUUGAAAAGAAUCAACUGGAAGAAGCGUUUAGGUUUAUGGCUCAGGGAAAACAUAUUGGAAAAGUACUCAUCAAGGUUGCAGAGGAUUCUACCUGUAUUGCUCCUGAAAACCUCUCUGUGAUACCUAGAUCAUCAUGUCAUCCUGACAAAGCCUACAUUAUCACAGGAGGAUUGGGAGGAUUUGGUCUGGAGCUCUCAGAAUGGCUGAUACAGAGAGGGGCUCAAUGUUUGAUCCUCACUUCUAGGUCAGGGGUCAAAUCAGGAUAUCAGAAAAGGAAACUGCAAAAAUGGCAAAAGAAGGGUGUCCAGGUUAUUAUUUCCAAAAGAGAUCUUCAAAGUGAACAGGACACAGCAGAUCUGAUAGAAGAGACUUCUCAACUCAAACAUGUUGGAGGGAUAUUUCAUUUGGCAAUGGUACUGAAGGAUGGAUUGAUGGAGAAUCAGACUACUGAGAACUUUGAAAGUGUGUGCAAACCAAAAGUGUUUGGAACCAUGUACCUUGACAAAGUUACUAGAGCAUUGUGCAAAGACAGCUUGGAUUGGUUUGUUGUCUUUUCUUCAGUCAGUUGUGGAAGAGGAAAUGCUGGGCAAGCCAACUAUGGUCUGGCUAACUCUUUUAUGGAAAGAAUUUGUGAACAGAGAAAAGAAGAUGGACUGCAUGGACUUGCAAUACAAUGGGGAGCAAUAGGAGAUGUCGGUGUGGUUCUAGAGACCAUGGGAAAUAAUGACACUGUGAUUGGUGGAACUCUUCCCCAGAGAAUGAUGUCAUGUCUAUCCACACUUGACAAGUUUCUGAAUCGACCAGAAUCUGUUCUGUCCAGCUUUGUUUUGGCUGAAUCCAAGACUGAGAGCAAACCUGGUGGCAAUGGGCAAAAUCUUGUACAAGCUGUUUGCAACAUUUUAGGUGUGAAGGAUAUGAACUCCAUCAGUGUGGAUGCUAGUCUUGGUGAUCUUGGUUUGGAUUCUCUGAUGGGAGUUGAGAUUAAACAGACAUUAGAAAGAGACUUUGACCUGGUGUUGUCAACUACAGAAAUCCGACAGUUGACCAUUACCAAUCUAAAGGAAAUGUCUAACAAUGAAGGUCAACAACAACACGAAUCCAAUCCAUUACCUGUGGCCUCCUACAGGUAUCAAUUGGACAAGAUGAUGCCUGAUCAACACAUUAUCUGUUUACAGGAAAAGGAGGAAAAGAUUCUUUUCCUUGUCCACCCCUUGGAAGGUGAUUGCACUAGUUUGAAGGACCUUGUAGAAAAACUACCGUACACAGUCUAUGGAUUACAGUGUUCUGCAGAUGUUCCACUAGAAUCUAUCCACUCCAUGGCUUCAUACUACAUUAAGUCCAUUAAAACCAUUCAGAAAAGUGGUCCUUACCUCCUGUCGGGAUAUUCAUUUGGUGCGUGCGUUGCUAUGGAAAUAACAGCUCAAUUGGAGGCUGCAGGAGAGACCAUUAGUCAGCUGACACUACUUGAUGGCUCCCACAACUUUGUAUCUGUUUACACUGGAAUGUACAGAGACAAAAAGACAAUUGACAGUGAAGCUAUGUCAGAAACUGAAGCUCUCUUGAACUUUGUUUAUCAAUUUCUUCCUACUAGGAAUUCUGCUAAGCUGACAGAAAAGCUUACUGCAGCAGAAAGCUUCAAGGAUAGAGUCAGUAUUGCUGCAAAUCAUCUCAUGGCGUCUGGGUUAUUUCCGAAUGUAAAUGAUCUGGAAAAGGCAGCCAGUUCUUUCUACAAACGUUUGUUGAUUGCUGAACAGUACUCAUUGAAUCACAAUCUUCAGUCUCCUGUUCAUCUCUUGAAAGCAGAGGACAGCAAGCUUCAGUCCACAGAUUCAGAUUAUGGGCUCUCUCAGGUGUGUUCCGGACGUCUGGAGAUUGAGCUGGUUCCUGGCAAUCAUGAGACGUUUGUACAAGGAGGAAAUGCUGCCGUCACUGCCAAUUGUUUUGUGAUGUGCAACCAUGGAAUUCCCCGAUGUGAUUAGCUAUAACAACUGAGUCAUAUAUUCAAAAUCACAGUGUACUGUUCAUUUUGCUGCAGAGGGAGAACGUUUUUGUUUAAUUGAAUGAUGUAUUUCUUUUUGUAAUGUACCUGUUUGUUCGUCAUAAUCUUGUCGUGAUCUCAAAAAUCAAAUGCAUGUAUGUGAAUAAUCUUUAACCGAGCCUAUAUUUUUUUCAUUUUUAAAAAUGUUUUGUCAGAGGGUAAUUUUAUGAAUUUUGAUAUACAUGUCGUUUACAUUAUUAUGGAUUUGAUAUUUGUUGAACUUUUUUGUCAGUUGAAAAUAAAAUCUUUAAAACA